ACAUGUUUUUGUUUAUGAGUCGAAUAACGUUUUAGUGUGUUGUACACAUAAUUUAGUUACUAAUGACGAUAUCACAUAAUUACCACAAAAAUAUUUUUACAAAAACAGUGCUAUAAUUAAUCUUAUUACCUACAAUUCUGUACCGUUUACUGAAACAAUCGUAACAUUUCACAAUGGAACACCAACCGCAAAAGCAGAGAAUCAAUCACCCCUAUAAUGCCGCAGCUGUCUUGUCGAGAGUGUUCUUCUGCUACGCGAUUAAAUUGUUAAGAGGAGGGUACCAAAAGAGUUUCACAGAAGACGAUUUAUACGAAGUACCUCCAGCUUUUAAAGCGAAAAAGUUGCGUUGCAAUUUAGAGCGUGAAUGGAACAGCAAAAACGGAAUAAUUUUUAUUAUCGCGAAAUAUUUCGGCCUGUGUUAUUUAAGUCUUGGUCUCAUGAAAUUCCUAGCUGAUACAAUUUUUACAAUCGUUCAACCCCACAUUGUAGAAAAACUACUGUCUUAUUUUUCAGCAAAAGAAACAAACAAACUUCAUGUCGUUCUUUAUGUUGUUCUUAUGAUAAUCUUCAGUUUACUACAAAGUAUCUUCAACCAGAAUUAUUUUCUUUUUUUGAAAGGCCUGAGCAUUAAAGUACGCACAACACUAUUGUCCUUUACUUAUAGAAGAAUUCUAACUCUGACUUUCGUCCACACUGACGAUAUUUCCAUCGGGAGAAUAAUCACUCUCUUUACUAAAGACGUUCAAGUGAUUGAAAAUUUCAUAGAUUGUGGAAACGAGCUCUGGAUUGCACCUAUAAGGUUACUCAGUAUUUCUUACAUACUUUACCGAAAAGCAGGACCUCUUAUUCUAAUUACGAUAUUUUUUAUCACAUUGAUGGUACCUAUUCAAGGAUUGAUCGCUGAAAAUGUUGCCCAUCAGAAAACGCAAAUGUUUCAAAAAACAGAGAAACGACUACAAUCUACUCAAGAAACCUUAACCCAAAUUGAAACUACAAACAUAGACCCAGAAGACUGCCUUGAUGCUAUUUGUAACAUUAGACGAAAAGAAGUCCAAACGAUUCACAAACUCUUCUACUUGAAAGCUUUCAGUCUGACAGUUGCUGAUGUCGUUACAAGAGGAUCCUUAUACGCUUUUCUCGUUGUUUACACCUUGUUUGGUUACUCCAUGACGAUCGACACACUUCUCUUUAUUAUAAGUGGCUUUUCCACAUUGUCAGAAAGCUUUGGUACUCUGUUUCCACAAGCUGUUUGUCAAGCAGCUGAGCUGAUAACAAUCAUAAGACGAUUUAAAACAUUCUUUGACGACGUAGAAAGACACAGGAAGAACGAAGACGAAGCUGCAAACAUCUAUGUUAAGAAAUUUAAGAUCCACAAAGGACUGACUUGGUUGCCAGAUUUACCAAACUGCAAACGAGACAUUUUCGUAUCAGCUUUGCUAAAGACUUGUAUGACCGAAAACAAGAACAUGUCAUACGCAAGUCAGAAACCAUGGUUGUUCAGCUCCACGAUUCGUCAGAAUAUCGUAUUUGGAGAAAAAUACGAAGACAAUCGAUAUCAGAAAGUUUUAGAAGUUUGUAAGUUGUUUGAAAACUUAGAACUUUUGAAAGAUAGAGAUUCGACGAUGGUGGUCAGUGACGGUAGAAAUUUAGAUAAAUCCUUGAAGACCAAAAUCAAUAUAGCGCGAACUAUCUACAGACAAAGCCAGGUCUACUUUUUUGACGAUUGUUUAACAGAAUUUGGUGACGAUACAAGCGAUUUAAUUUCCAAUUGGCACAAAUUUCUUCAAGACAAAAUCGUGAUUUUUGCAACCCACACUUGUAGUUCUCUGCAGGAAAAUGACAAGUGCGUUGGAAAAGCUGGAAACAUUUUUGACGACGAGAUUUAUGAAUUAGGUGAUACACAGAGUUUAGAAAAUGAGGAAUGUAAAUUGAUAAUUGAGAAUCCAAGAAACCAAAUGACAUUCGAAGACAACAUAAAUUCAAAAAAGGUGGCUUUCAAGAUAUACCAAAAAUAUUUAUCUCUGGGAGGAAGUGUAGUGCUCUUGUUAGUAAUCUUCAGUAUGUUUCUAUUGUUUGAAAUAGAAAAAACUUACGUUGACAAUUUAAUCACUCUAUGGAUUUAUUUAGAAGAAAGCACAAACAUAACCCACAAGUUAAAUGAGACAAGUAGUCAAGAAAGUCAAAAAUCUCUGUUCCAAGUCUAUGGAAUUAUGACAAUAGCGAUAGCAGCAACAAUGUUUACAAAUUUCUUGAUAUGCUUUGUAUUUACUAAAAAAGUUUCAAUUCGUCUGCAUCGAAUGGUGUGUAAAAGUAUUGUCUACUUUCCAAUGGAGUGCUUUGAAAAAGUUUUCUUAGGAAACAUUUUAAACAGAUUUUCGAAAGAUCUUUCCAUAAUAGACGAUUCAAUUAUUUUCAUUUAUAGGGACUUGCUACAAAUUUUCUUGGAGGUGUUAGGAUUUAUUAUUUUUAUGUCACACAUAGGUGGAUUUAGUCUUUUACCACUCGGACUUUUACUCUGCGUACUGGUUAUACUUAGACGAUGGUGUCUUUAUUCUUUGCGAAAUUUUAGACGACUAGAAGCUUCCACGAGAAGUCCUAUACUUGAUUACAUUUACUCAAAUCUGAACGGUUUAGCAACAAUCAGUGCUUCCCAAGUCCAAGAAAAACUGCAAAAUGAAUUUGAACAACACCUAGAUUUGAACAAUUCGUCAUAUUUUACCUUUCAGUGUCUUGUAAAAUCAUUUGCAUUUUUGAUGGAUCUUGUCUGCGCUGGUUAUAUGACAAUAAUCGUUAUAAUUUUUUUGACUGUAGACAAUGCGCACCAGCAAUUUGGAGAUGGAAGUCUAGUUUUAUCUCAAACUAUAAUUUUAAUAGAACUUUUUAAACGCGGAAUUUAUAAAUGGACAGAACUAGAAACUGAAAUGAUUGCAAUGGAAAGAAUUUUGGCAUAUGUUAAAGUAGAUGAAAAAUGCAAAAAACGGAUUAUGAAUAAUGAUGUAAACAAUGAAAGAAUGGCGUUUGCAAAUAAUUGUUUUACGGAAGAACAUGCAGAAAAAAGAAAACUGUAUGAAACUUGAGGACAAAGUUUACAGAUAGGAGUAAGAAGUAGAUUUGACAUUGAAUGAAGAUGCUGUUUUAAAACAGCUGAAACUUUUCCUGUGGUGUUGUUUUGAAGGAAGUAGACGAGCAAGAUUUGUACAUAAUUAAAAACCUAAAUAAAAUAUGGCAAAUCUUA